AACCGAGGUUGUAUAAUAUGAGCAUGAUAGGAUACUUGAACAAUGAAAUUCUUCAUACAACUCGCGAUAUGACUGCAAUAAACGGUACUGAACAGUAGUCGAUGAAAAAGAGGACUAUGCGAAUCCUGUGCAUUAUAGCUGCAAUUUCUCAAAUAAGUUUCAUUUUCAUGGUAGUAUGUGGCUACAUCACUAUUGGAGUUGAGAGUCGGACAGAUGAUCCAGAGAAUAAAGUGGAAGAGAGUUCUAUAGAAGACAAUGUGAAAACAGAAUAUCAUGAGAAACCCGUGGGAGUUGUAACAAAAGUAGAAUCAGAAAAUGCUUUUGGAGAUGAAAUCCUCCAUCAUAAAACAACUGGCUCGGAAAUCCCAGAAAAAGGUGGAAAGCACAAAUUAUCAAACAAUCUGGUUGACGGCGAAAAUAACCAAGAAGAGGAGAAACACCCACCCUCUUCUGCGAGAUGGUGUCGUGAUGUUUGGGAACAUUUUUCUCCCGAACUUGAUAUACCACCCUAUUCCGACAUAUCUGCUCCAGAGUCUUCCAGUUAUGAAAGUUCCGAUUGAAGCUCAUAUCAAAUAAUAACAGUACCGUAAUUAGAUUCUCACUUUAUUUGGGCUUUCUACUGCUCAAAGAAAUUUUAUUUGAGGUAUCAUAUUUUAAAAUGUUAUAAAAUAUUGGGUGGCACCAACCUAGAUAAGAUAAUUUUAUAAAAUUUAGUAGUCGAUUUCUCGAUUGUUGCAAUCCAGCAUAAGUAUCCAUUAAACUGUACUUUACUUGAGUAUUAAAAUAUAAAUAUCCAGUUUGAAAAACAGGCACUGUGGCAUUUAAUACCUCAUAAAUUAACAAGAAAGUAUUUUUUCGAAGUCUUGUAAGC